UCACGAGGUGGAUAGAAAUAGUAAAAUUAUCGACAAAAGGAAAUACUAACAAUGGGCCGUUCGAGUAAUAAUAGGCCGAUUGAUUGGUUCAUUUUGAAUGAAUAAUUUAGCCACCUAGCUAUAGAUAUCAUACGAAAAGUGCUCAAAUGUGGAAGAACGAUUAGUAGAACCACGCGACGAAACUCGAUCGAGGGGGCAGAAGUUGUGUUUCGUGUCCGAGGCGUUAGUCAACAGUCAAUUCAGUCCGCUGAAGACGCGCGCGUAGAACAGACACAUACGUCUUCGAGCUCGUGGAAGGUGGUUCAACCCAAAAUGCGGUCUCACUCAUGUAAUGUGCUGUUGGUUAUGAUAGCAUGCUUCACAAUUUUCGCCAAAAACGGGUGUAGCAGAUCAGCACAGGUCGGACCACUGAUGACACGCAAGCGAGCUCUUUCUCCGGGGUCGAAACUGGUUUCAUCAAACACACUGCAAAAGAUGCCCGCCAGAGAGGAGUUACCUCUACAUGGCGCUGCCAUUACCGGAGAAAGUGGCAUCCGUUACCUGGACGUGCCGGAUAAGUCGUUCUCCGACAAGAAGCAAUACCGGUCACUUGUUCUACCGAACGGACUGCAUGCGUUACUGAUAUCCGAUCCCACAGAACGCACACAAGUAGCACGCAACACAACGGUUGCUGAAGAGGAGGAUCACAGCGAGGAUGGCGCUAGUGUUACAUCGGCAACCGAAGAGCCGAGCGACAGUGAAGACGAAGAUGACGGAAGUGAAGCAGAAGACGAUGGUGCAGGAGAAAAGCUAGCAGCCGCAGCAUUGAGCAUUGGCGUUGGGUCGUUUAGUGAUCCACGGCCUGUGCAAGGGCUAGCCCAUUUUCUCGAACAUAUGAUCUUUAUGGGAAGCAAAAAAUAUCCUACGGAGAAUGAAUACGAUGCAUACAUAAGCAAAUGUGGCGGAUUUGAUAAUGCCGUAACCGAUCUGGAAGAAACGACUUUCUAUUUUGAAAUUGACGAGGAAUAUUUGGACGGUGCCCUAGACAGAUUCUCGAGCCUUUUCGCUUCACCUCUCAUGUUGCGGGAUUCAAUCUGUCGUGAACGAGAUGCCGUUGAGUCUGAGUUCCAAACCAACAUCAACAGCUUCUCGUCAAUGCGCGAACAGUUGAUGGGAUCGUUAGGUCGAGAAGAGCACCCGAGUAGUUUGUUCUCCUGGGGAAAUUUGCGCACCUUGAAGGACAAUGUUACGGAUGACGAAUUGCAUAAGAUUUUACAUCAGUUCCAGAAGAGACAUUAUUCGGCACAUCGCAUGCAUUUCGCCGUUCAGGCCCGAAUGAGUUUGGAUGAGCUAGAACAACUAACGGUCAAAUAUCUCUCGAGUAUUCCGAGCAAUAACCUGCCUGCUGAUGAUUUCUCCGCCUUCAAUGAGUUGAAUGCAUUUAAGCCAGAUUUUUUCAACAAAGUGUACUACGUAAAACCCAAAUCCAAUAUCUGCAGGUUAGAUGUCACAUGGUGUCUGCCACCUAGUAUUGAGGAUUACAAAGUGAAACCGGUAGAUUAUCUGUCGUACCUUCUAGGAUAUGAAGGAAAACACAGCUUAACAAGCUAUCUUAGGAACAGAACACUUGCACUUGAUGUACAAACAGGAGCCAGCUAUGGCUUUGAAAAGAAUUCUCUUUUUACUCUUUUCGCUGUAUCUGUGACAAUGACCGAUAAAGGUUUGGAAAACGUAGAAGAAAUUUUAAAAGCCAUCUACUCGUAUAUGCGACUGCUGAAAGAAACGGGUCCUGUGGAAUGGUUGUUCGAUGAACUGAAGGAGAUAGAAGACACGUCCUUCCGCUAUCGCAAGGAGAAGGAGGCCAGUGAUAAUGUGGAAGAACUUGUAGUGAACAUGCGGUAUUACCCAUCCAAGGACAUCAUCACCGGCUCGGAACUCUAUUAUCACUAUGAUGCAAACGAAAUUCGUAAAGUUAUCGACAACCUGAACAAGCCUAAUUUCAACAUAAUGAUAUCGUCCUCGAAACCAUACAAUGGCAUCGUUUAUGACAGGAAAGAGAAAUGGUUCGGCACGGAGUAUGCUGAAAGAGAUAUGCCACUAGAAUGGAAGAACCUGUGGAGCAGCGCUUCGUCCAUCCCGGAGUUGAAACUGCAGGAGCGGAACCAGUACAUCAGCUCAGACUUUACUAUUUUUGCCAAACAGCAGGAUGCUCCUUUGAUUCCAGUGUUCCCGGAGAAAAUAAUGGACCGUAAGAAUUGUGAACUAUGGUACCGACAGGACGGCAAAUUUAAUUUACCCACGUCGCUAAUGUACUUCUACUUUAUUUCUCCGCUACCAAUGCAUGAUCCGGAAUGUGCCACUCUAACGAGUUUAUACACUGCAAUGCUGAAAUUCCAAAUUGCUGAAGACCUUUAUCCAGCAACGGUGGCCGGUUUGAACUAUGAGAUCUAUGCUUCUGAAAAAGGCAUCAUCUUGAAGGUCGAUGGCUACAAUCAGAAAUUGCCAAUAAUCGUCGAUGAAAUAACAAGAGCUAUGCGAGAUUUUAACAAAAACAUAAAUGCAGAUGUAUUCGAUGUCAUCAAAAAGAAGCUGGCCAAGGCAUAUUACAACGAAAUCAUAAAAGCUAGCAAGCUGAGCAGGGAUUUUCGAUUGAAGGUGGUGCAGGAAAAUUUCUGGACCACUUUGGAACGAUUCAAUGCAUUGAAGAAUUUGACAAUUGAUGCGCUCAGUGAUUUCUCCGUGAGAUACUUUCAUCAAGUUAAAAUCCAAUCGCUGAUACAGGGAAACACUCGCAAGCAAGACGCUCUAGAUGUUAUGUCGAAGAUGUUGACAAAUCUUGCUCCUGGCGAAAUACUUAAUAAAUCACUAACCGAAUCAAGAGCUCGAGAAAUACCUCUGGGCAAUAACUACUUAACGGUAAAGUCCUUCCGCGAGAAUGAUGUCAAUACGGUAACGACAACUUUCUACCAGGCUGGGCCUGUGACGCCGUCAAUCAACGCUCAACUGGAGCUGAUGGUAAUGCUAAUCGAGGAACCGCUCUUUGACAUACUCCGUACUAAGGAACAACUGGGAUAUGAUGUGUCUGUAACCAUUCGUGACAACUUUGGCAUUCUGGGAUAUUCGGUCACGAUCCAUUCUCAAGAGGACAAAUUUACGUACCAGCAUAUAGACGACAGGAUCGAAGAUUUCAACGGUAGAUUCGUUCAAAUCCUAAACGACAUGCCGGAAGAAGACUUCCAGCUGGUAAAGAGCUCACUCCUGAAGCGCAAGCAAAUAAUCGAUACCGAUUUGAAGAGCGAAAUGAAUCGUAACUGGGCCGAGAUUACAACCGAGGAGUACAUUUUCAAUCGAAACAAGCUGGAAAUGGAACAUAUUGAGCGGUUGGACAAGCAGAACAUCAUAGACUUCUACAAUCAGUUGGUGUUUGACAAUCAGCACCGACGGAAGUUCUCCGUUCAGGUUAUUGGUUGUAGCGAAAAGUCGAUUCUCUGCAACGGUGAGGUGUCCGAGAAGGAUGAAGAAACUGAGAUCGAGGAUUUGGACAAGGAAUUCACUAUACACUAUCUAACGACAGACAAAGUGGGCCGAAACUACGUGACGGACAUCGAACGAUUCGGGAAGGCAUUAAAUGUGUACCCUGUCACAAAAAUUCAAUUUUCGUGAAUUUUUACCAAUGAUUACUGUUCCUUUGCUUUACAAGUUGAUUGGUGUUGAAUGUCUGAAUAAAAUUGUAUGCAUUUUACACGUUA